ACAGUUUCCCAGUAAGCAACACAUCAUGGAUCUUUGGAUCAGGUGGCUGGCAGUCACAGUGCUGCUUACAUGUGAUGCGCAGCUUCCAAAGCAGGCACAGGCUCCCCUGCUUCUGCACAAGCCCUUUGUCGUGGUUUGGAAUGCACCCACUGAGCAAUGCCGGCUGCGGUACAAGGUGGACUUGGAUCUCAGCAUCUUUGACAUCGCAUCAAACACCAACGAGACUCUGAGUGGAUCCAAUGUGACAAUAUUCUAUCACACUCAUUUGGGAUAUUAUCCCUACUACUCAGAUAAUGGCAACCCCGUGAAUGGAGGAGUGCCUCAAAAUGAAAGUCUUAUCAAGCACCUUAAUAAAGCUAAGUCUGACAUUGACUAUUGCAUACCCAUGAAGAAAUUUCACGGACUUGCGGUCAUUGACUGGGAAAACUGGAGACCCCAGUGGGAUAGGAACUGGGGCAAUAAAAGCAUUUAUAGAAAUAAAUCUCUUGAGAUGGUUAGGCAACGACAUCCACAGUGGUCGGAGGAUAAAAUUAGGAAAGUAGCUAAAGAGGAAUUUGAAAACGCUGGCAAGAGUUUUAUGAACAACACUAUCCUUCUGGCUGAACACAUGAGGCCAAAUGGUUUGUGGGGUUACUAUCUUUACCCAGACUGCUACAAUUACGAUUACAAAGAGCGCUGGGAAACAUACACAGGAAAAUGCCCAGCCAUUGAAUCUUCUCGCAAUGAUCUCCUUCUUUGGCUGUGGAAGGAAAGUACGGCUCUCUACCCUUCAAUAUAUCUGGAUUAUAUACUGAAGUCAAGUCCAAAUGCACUAAAGUUUGUUCACUAUCGGGUUAAAGAGGCAAUACGUGUUGCCUCGAUUGCUAGAAAAGACUACGUUUUGCCUGUUUUUGUUUACUCCAGACCAUUUUACGCCUACACUUUUCAUGUUUUAACAGAGAUUGAUCUGGUUAAUACCAUUGGUGAAAGCGCAGCUUUGGGAGCAGCUGGAGUUGUUCUCUGGGGCAGUAUGCAAUAUGCCAGCUCAAAGGAGAGCUGUUCCACUGUGAAGAGAUACAUUGAUGGACCCUUAGGACAUUAUGUCAUUAAUGUGACCUCAGCUGCCAAACUCUGUAGCAAAGUCUUGUGUAAGAAGAAUGGAAGAUGCAUACGCAAAAACAGUGACUCUUCUGCGUACCUACAUCUGCCAUCCAGUGAUUUUAAGAUCCAAGCCCAUCGCUCAGGAAGGGGCCCACGAUUGCAGGUGACUGGUGAACUCAGCCUGGAGAACAUAGAAGUCAUGAGACAGAGGUUCAUGUGCCAAUGUUAUCGAGGAUGGACAGGAAUAUUUUGUGAAUUGCCUGACCAAAGUGUAAUGGAGCAUUGGGUUCACAUUGUGUUCAGCAGAUCAAGAAAACAGAAGCUUUAUGUCUUCCUCUUAGGAGCUAUGCAGCUUCUUCUCCUUUAUACAGCAUAUUAAACUCUUCUGAGUUUAGAAAAGAAAUCAGAAGUGCUGCCACUUGGACUUAAAAGUUUUAGCAAGUUUUACAAAGAGGAAAGAUGUUGUUGAUUAAAUUGAUUUAUUCAGUCUUGCUCAUGUCCCAGUCCUUCUAAAAGAGCUCCAGGCAUCAAACAUUUUUCAAGUAGCCCCUUCUUUCUGAUCAGUUCAUUUACUUCCCUUUUAAGCAGGUAAACUUUUUACUGCUACAGUGGAAAUUUUACUUGAGUGAAACUGUUGAAUAACAUGGUACCAGGAUUCAUCCAUGUAGAAACUUAAAAAAGGACCCAGAACCUCUUUGCUCUGGGGUUGGAUGAUUUAGUAUAGUUUGACAAGGAAGAGUUUUCAUGUAGACCAAGGAGCCCAAGCCAUGCUCUGCAGUUCUUGCUGAAGCCAAAUGGUAUUUUGCAUGAGCAGCAUCACAGUGCCCAGAUUCCCAUCCAUCACAACUUACUGAUCCCAAUAUUUCUGCACAGAAUGUGUAUUUUGGUGUUUUAAGGUCUGAUUUGCAUCUUGUUACUUUGAGAAAUAUCAGUAUUCCUAGUGGUAGUUUUGUGCCCUCAGUUACAAAGGUACUGUUUGACUUAAAAUUUGUGCAAUUAGCAGUCAUUGGGUCAAAUGGUCAUUUCCCAUAGCACCAGACAGCCAUCAGUACAUACACGUCUUUAGGUCAGGGGUUGCUGAGCAUGGAAAGAUGCUGGCACACUGCAGUGUUCCUACAAAGGCAGAACUUUCCUCGGAGCCCUUGGGAAACAGGCAGCUUCACACCUUCUCUGCCUUGCUGCUUAGUGUCACUGCUCCCCUGGGCUGCUUCCUGUUCUACUGUUGAUGUGGGCCUUAGAGAUAGCUAGAGUGUUUGGGGUGCUCUGUAAUGACUUCUGCUAAGAUGCUGCAGGAGAGGUGUGCCACAGAGCUUUUGAUUUUCAGCAAGUUCAGUGGAUAACAGAAAAAUGAAGGUAAAAUCUUCCUUGUUUUAGUAUGAGAGAAGAUGGAUUAAAGUUUAGAAGAUAAAAAGCUAGGAUGCAUUUUACCUUAAGCCAGCUGGGUGAAUAAGCCUUAGGUCACAUAUAUGGUCACUUGUAAGAGCUUUCCAUUUUUGUAUACUAUCUCUUUUCCAUGUCUGGAAAUGCAAAAAAAAAAAAAACAACCCACAAAACAACAACCAACCUCUGAAUUACAAAGCUUAAAUGAUCAGUAGGAAAGCCAUAUAACAAGAAAGAAAUAGAGCUACUUCAGCUGGGUAUUAUAGCCUAUAAAAUGUGGCUGUGUGUUCUGAACAACUAAAGAAAAUGUUGGGAUUCAUUUUGUUCUGUUCUAUUUUGAUGGGCUGAUGUGUGGGGCUGCAGUCUCAGUUUGACAUCAAUAUCAGCUGUAUGUGCCACUGACAUCUUCUUCCCACACCCAACCUUUUCUUUCCCUCUCAUGUUUGUAUCACUGUGUGUUCUCUCCUUACUUCUGUUUGGGUGUCUCCAGUGGUUUGGGAUGGGAAGCCAUCCAGAUCAAAAACUGAAAAAUAUAGAUAGGCCCACAGUGCAUGUUCUUAAAGCUGGGUGAAUUCCUCAGUCUGACUCAAAUCGUGACAGAGCCCAGGCUAAGGAAGUGGGUAAAACCCAUAGGGAAGUGGUAAUGCUGCAAAUAGAGUAUUGCCACUUAAGACAAUAUACUGUGAGUAAUUACCCCUGGUAGGAAGGCGGCAGCGUCAGUUGUGGCUCACCCAGCCCAUCUCGUGGAGGUCUGUAUCACAUUGCCAGCUCCUGGAGCAGCUCAGGCACUCUGUGUGGGACAUGGCCCAAGGAAGGUGCACUGGGCAGCUGGGGCACCUGCUGGGCUCACGGAACAGCUGGAUCCCUAUGACCAGCCCAGAUGUGGGUGCCUCACCUGAUCUGAAAGUCAGGGCAUAAACCUCACCUGGAACAGGGAAAUUCAGAGAAUGUGAAUGUUACAUUUAAAAAUAUUAAUAAUUUUAAUCUAAUUUUUGCUUUCUGAAGUCCCAUUUUGCCACUUAGUCUUUAAGAUGAAAAUAGAAGAGAAAGUCUUGCUGGCUGAAUGUAACCACCCCAGCAUUUCUGUGUUUCAUUGGCUUUUUCCUAAUGCAACACUCUGCUGGACUCAGACAGGAUCUAUAAACACAGGAAGAAUAAUGCUAGAGGAAAAAAUAUUAAAGGCCCUCACAGAUAAAGGUGACAGAAUAAAAUCUCAGUUUUGGA